UCUAGCCCACGUCUCACCAAACUUCGAAAACAACCAGACAGCACAUGGGCACUACUUCAAAAGCGCUUAAUCGCAGUACCAGACCCAGUGCAGAAACUGAUUGAACCAGAAGUAUGGACUUUUAUCGUCAACAAGUCCCAUUCCUUGAUUACAAAUGUAGGCUAUGUAUCUACCAGCAUCAUGGCUACGACAGCCUUCAUAACAAGAUCAGCAAGUACAUGCAGCACUGAAACACAAGAAGUACCCUUUAAUCUUUAUUCUAUCUUUGUUGGUCUACCUACAACGGGAAAGCAUAGUUAAUUGAGUGGAAUGGUUAUGAAACCCGUCAGACUCCUCUGUUAUAUGUUUUUGUGGACCUGAAAGUGCAAAACGUUCAAAAGAAUUCCUAUCAUUUUGAUUGUAUUGACCAAUAAAAACGUUGCAUUAAUUUAUUCCGUAACAAUUUGCCAACAGAAAACAAAUGAUCGUGCACUUUCAGGGUGCUUCCAACAUAAACUGCAGCACUGUUGUUUUUAUCAUUGAUGUUUACCGCUUUUCAUAACGAGUCUCCUCUAAUAACUAUGGGGAAAGUUUCAAGCAAUUAAAAAAUGUGCUGUUUCUUCGAUGGUUGCGGUUUUCGGUGAAACAGAUUAA